AGGAAGAGGGGUGUUUUGUUUGUGGAUCGUUCAGCGCCCCUCUCAGCGAAAGUAUGGAAGCUCCUAUAAAAGUACCAUUCAUGGUUAGAGAUCGCACAGUCGGGUUUAAAAACGUCAAACGGCAAUGAAGUUCCUGGGUUAUUCAGCGCUUUGCGCGCUCCUAGUCUUGGCAAGCGCUGAUAACAGCAAAGACACAGCCGACCAGCCUGAUAAGAAGCAAGAAAAACGCGGCCUUGAAUUGGGGUACGGCGGGGGCCACGAGCACGAGCACCAUGUGAAGACAGUCACUGUGUACAAAAACGUACCAGAGCCGUACCCCGUCUACAAGGAGGUACCAGUCCCGGUGGAGAAAAAGGUACCGUACCCGAUCACCGUCCACGUACCCCAACCCUACCCCGUGGAGAAGAAAGUAGCAGUACCGGUCAAAGUAUCAGUCAAGGUACCAGUACCCAUCCAUAAACCCUAUCCGGUAGAGAAACCCGUUCAUGUCCCAGUCAAAGUCCAUGUUGAUAAACCGUACCCUGUCAAGGUACUAGUACCACAACCGUACCCUGUUGAGAAAACCAUCCAUGUACCGUACCAUGUACAUGUACCACAGCCAUACCCCGUCGAGAAGAAGGUACCAUACCCGGUGAAAAUCCCAGUUCAUGUACCUAAACCCUACCCUGUUGAGAAAAUAGUACCAUACCCGGUUGAGGUUAAGGUUGACCGGCCAUACCCUGUCCAUAUACCCCAACCUUACCCGGUUCAUAUCGAGAAGAAAAUCCCGUACCCGGUCCAUAAACCGGUACCAUACCCGGUUAAAGUACCCGUAGAGCGACAUAUUCCAUACCCGGUGGAGAAACCAGAACCAGUUCCGGUUAAAGUAACAUACCCGGUACCAUACCCCGUCGAGAAAACUAUCCCAGUACCGGUGGAAAAACCGGUACCUUACCCGGUCAAAAUCCCCAUUUUCAACCCGGUACCAUACGAAAUCACCAAGAAGGUACCAGUUGAGGUUGAGAAACCAGUGCCAGUACCUGUCAAAGUACCAGUUCCGGUUCCGGUUCAUGAGGAACAUCACGAGAUUGGUGGAGGAGGACAAGAAGAGCAUGGAUUUGGGGGCCAUGGAGGGUACUAAUGGUACCACUUAGACGUUUCUUUUGUACUUUUGUAUCAGUAUUACUGUUUUGCUUUGUGAUGUUUGUUAUUAAAACGACUUUUCUAUUA